UUUAAUGCUGUGGCACAUCAUCCUUUGUAGAAACGGCUACCAUAACUGCACGAAUGUUCAAAGUUAAUCGCGCCCACGUGCUAUCAUACUAAAAAAUUAAACUGAUGCACGAGCUGCCUUCAAAUCGCAACCAAACAUAACGGAUUUCUGAAUUGUCACCAGGGCGACAUUUUUUAUGUGUUUUUGGCUGAUUUGUAACAGACACCCACAACACUUAUACAAGCUAGAAGAUGGCAGGAAGUCCUCACCAUAAAGACGAGAAGGGCCCUGAAGGUACAAUAGUUCGCUUCCAGAGCUACUUACACGGCGGAACAUCCAGCUUGCUGUCCACUGUCAUCGUCUUCCCUGUUUACAAGACCAUUUUCCGUCAACAAAUUCACAACACUUCAGUUCAACAGGCAGUGGGUCAGCUCUGCAAAGAAGGACCUGUGAAGCUCUACCGGGGCGUGGCUCCACCACUACUGAUGAGGACGCUGAAUGGCACUCUGCUUUUUGGCCUGCAGGACACCCUGCUCCGUCAACUCUCCCUGUCAUCCCAAAAUGUCAUCUCUGCCCCUGCGCUGGCUGGGUUUGGUGCAGGUGUAGUGGAAGCAGUGGUCUUUACUCCCUUUGAACGUGUUCAGAAUGUGUUACAGAACAGCCAAAAUGACCGUCAGCUACCUUCCUUGAAGAGUGUUCUUAUAAAGCUGAAGGUGCAGAGGAUGGGUUUGGGCUUCUACAGAGCUUUCUUGCCCAUCACAGCCCGCAACGCCCUGGGCAGCUCCCUCUACUUUGGCCUGAAGGAUCCUGUGUCUGCCAUAGUGGCAGGACAGGGGCUCUCUCUGUUGUUCUCCUCCUUCAUUUCGGGAACACUAACCUCAAUGGCGAUCAGCUUGACUCUGUACCCGCUGUCUGUGCUAGUGGCAAACAUGCAGUCACAGGUUGGAGGGGAGCUGAAAGGUGUCAUGGCAUGUUGGAGGGUUCUGUGGAAGUCUCGGAAUCAGAGUGUGGCCCUUCUGUACCGAGGGGGUUCUCUUGUUAUUCUUAGAUCAUGUAUUACAUGGGGUAUCACCACUGCUAUCUAUGACAGGCAGAAGAAAUGGUCAUCCUGAACAGACGCUGUUAAAGAUUGUUACGCUACGACAGUGAUAUGACUAUAUUACAUCAACUGUUUUGUAGAAAUCUUUCAGUGCACAUUUAUUUGUGAACAAAAAGCUUCAAAUUCCACCUUUUGUACAGGUGCUCAAAGUUUAAGCCUUACUCACAGCAGACAUGUUGGCUAUGGCAGGAAAAGGCAAACUCAGGUGUAGCAUCAACCCAAGAGUCCUUGUGGGCCACAACCAUGUUACAGUAAGCCAACAUGAACAGUUCUAGUUCCUAUUUCAACUAUAAUUUAAAAUACAGCUUGACAACUGCAAAUAAAAAAUCCGCAGCCAAUUGUGUUAGCAGAAACUAUUGUGUUUAAAUCACUGGAUUCAAAUGUAUAAAUUGCUGGUUUUGUUUGUCAAAAUGCAUAUUUAUAAGGUCAGCACUGCCAAGACUUGUGCCCUUGUGAAUAUUUCUCAUCAGCCAAAGUUUUUUGUGUAUUAAAGUUAUAGAUAUGGUGCUGGGGAAUCACAGGUGCCUUCUUUCUUACCGUCUGUUAAGGGAAUUCAUAGACGUUUCCCCUGUUUGGCACUAAUAACUGUGGUUUAAUAUCCUUGUGGUACACAAGUAGAUAUUUUUAUUUUUAUUUAAUUUGUUUUAAUUAACUCUGGAAAUUACUGUACUUGGACUGUAACUUAACCAUACUAACAUUCUGAUUCAGGAAAAUUAGAUAACUCUAAUUUCCUAAAGCCUGAAAGAGUAAAGCUCCAUGCUGAAAGGCAUGGGGUUUUGCUGGGCAUGGAGAGUCUCACAAAAUGGGCUGCAUUAUGGGGAAAAUUACUCUAAAAGCUUGAACUGAUGAUCUGCCUCUUUGUAGUCCCUUGCUGUCAUGCAAGUACUAAUAGUACAUAAAAUAACUUGAUGCAUGUUUAUCAUUUUUCAAUCAGUAUAUCCAAUCAUAUAUAUUACAAUUAAUAUUAAUACAAAUGGGAACCAUUGUGGCUCAGGUGAUAAUGAGGUCUAUCACUGGUGGUGAAAAAGAGGUUCAUAUCUUGAAAGUAUCUACUAUAUACGUAUAACUUAUAAAAAGGAAAUGUAUGCAUUUGGUGCUUCAAUUCUGCCUGGAUGAUUUAAACUUGACAAACAAGACAAGCUCAGUAAAGGGGUUGUGACCAGAUAUUUUGAUGUAUGGUAUGAUUUUUAUAUCCUUUACAGUAUCACUCUCAGAUUUACUUCUGGAUAGUUUAUUUUGUGCAGGAUUGUCCCUUUAAGUUAACAACCUAAGAUAUUAUACCAUUUUUUCUGAAUGUUUUUGUUGGUUAUUUUCUAAUGUUUUUUAAUGUAGAUUAACUCUCAACUAGCCUUUUUAACAGUUUAGAGCACUGAUACUCACUUCGGUCCUACGAGGGCCGCAAUCCAGCAGGUUGUCCAUGUAUCCCUGCACCAACACACCUGAGUCAAAUUAGGUGGCUC